UCUGUUUGCGAGAUGGAGCUAUGAACUUUGAUUCUACCAAUCUAAAAUGACUCCUUUGAAGUAAAUUAUUCCCUCAGUAUGUCAUUUUAACUCAUAAAUUCUUACUGAUACCAAGCUUAAAUUUUAUUAUUAAAGUUGGAUUUCUCUAAUUUCAACAUUCUUGAUCCUAUCAUGCAUAUUUUAAGAGCUUUAUUCAUAAUUUCUCAAUUUAGUUCACUCUUUUAUUAAAAUGCUCCUUAUCACUAUCUCCAUAACAAAGACUCUUCUGUUCCUACACAAAAACUACGUUCUCAGGUUUCCUAAAUAUUUAAGAAACCCGGAAAUUGUUGAAAAUUACCAUUUCCUUCUGCUUAGAAUUUUCUCUUGUUAUACUCCUUUUGCAUAAAAUCUGCGUGCUUCUUCUCUAUGUUUAUGUCUAUUAAAGCUGCUUUAAAUUAAGCCAUUCAGCUAAUUUGAAUUAGACUUCAAAUAUUAACGAAAUAUUUGCUUUCUUCUUGAUGUAUGCGAUGGCUCUUCUGUUUCUCUCCAAUGAACAGCAGGCUGCAGCCCGUUG